AUGUUGCAGAAAACGGGUAGAGGACUGCUUGCCUUGCUGUUGAUAGUGUUGGAGUGGACCCGGCCAGGCCUACCGUCCCCGCUGAGGCCAAUCUGUGACCUGAGGGUCCUGAACCAUUUCAUUAAGGAAGCACAGGACACAGAGGUCGCUAUGAAGUCAUGCAGAGAAGGAUGUAGCCUCUCAGAGUCUGUCACUGUUCCCCAAACCAGAGUUGAGUUUGAUGUCUGGGAGAAGAAAAAUGCACUGGAGCAAGCUCAGGAGGUGCAGUCUGGCUUGUGGCUCUUACAACAGGCCCUCGGCUUGCUGCGGACCUCAGUCACCAACACAGCACUGCACAGCCACAUAGAUAACUCCAUCAGAAACCUGCUCAGCAUCAACGCUGUGCUGCGUAGCCUCAACAUCCAGGAAUAUACCCCACCAGCAAGUGCAGCAGGGCUUGAAGGAACAUGGAGAGUAUCCUCGGCAGCAGAUUUGCUUCAAGUCCACGUCAACUUCCUGCGAGGCAAAGUGCGCCUCCUUCUUUUGGAUGCGCAGGCUUGUCAGCAAGAUGUCAGCUGA